UGUAGAAAUGAUCAGUUGAACCCAGGUUUGUUCUGAAAUUGGGGAUCAGCUGAUCCCAAAGUUUGUCCUGUAUUUUUAUUCAUUGCAAUAGAUACUACGAUACUGUAAUACAGAGCUUGAUAAGCUGUAAGUCUUAGCUAGAAGCCUACACUUAAUAAUGAACUAAGGAGUCAGGACUAAAUCUGCAAGAUCAUUGCAAUUGAUCACGUAGCUUUUCAAUGCAUAUAUCAAAUGCAUACCGAUUGAUAGCUGUACCGCAUUAUUGAUAGUGUGAGGAAGGAAAAUUAGCAUUAAAAAAGUUUAAUUCUAGGUAUCAUAGUUUAAUAUAUUCUAAUAGAACGACUUUGUAGUCCUAAUGCUGUCGUAAUUAAUGUUUUCAUUCUAGAACGCAUAUUUACAUACCCAAGCUUAACACAAAAUGAUAGUACGCUACUAACACUAUUAAAACUUUACUGAGGUACCGUGGUAAAUGAAUUGCAAGGUGUAUUAAAGCUAAGCUAGAAUACAAUGAAAUCAAGUAAAAAUACGACAGACUUUAAAAAACACUACACUAUACAAUGGGAGUGCACAUUUAUCAGGAUGUGUGUAACCCGUAACAUUAUCUCUUAUAACAAACAAAAGACGUCUAAGAAGUUACGUUGUUUUUUCAAGAAAUAGCAAUUUGCUAAAAAAAAAAAAACAAGCAACAAAAUACAAACAAUUAUUUGUGGCAACUACUGAAUUACGUUGUCGACACCAGUGUUUCAAUUUUAAACGUAAGUAGUGUGUUUUCCCCCAUGUGAUUUGAACACAGUUUUAGUAGCUCUUUAGUAGUUGUGAAUGUAUCGCUGGAACACACACUCUGCUUCCUAAAAUCAGGUAUUAUCAAAGGAAUGACGUCACUAAAGCUCCAGCUCUACUUCCUGGUUUCUGUACUGAGGAGCUGUGUGGAACUGAAACACAAGAAAUCUGCCAGAAAAAAAGCAGCUAUAGCAGUAAUCGAAGGAAGCACAACAUGACAUAUUAUUACCACGGAAUCUAAAAACACAUGAAAGCCACUCGACGCAAAGCGGCUUCGAAACGAAACAUUUGUAGUGGCGUCUUUGUGGAUUCAGAGAGCAGUAAAAACAAGCCGGUCUGCAGGAUUCGAGAUGUUGUAAACCAUGGACAGCAGAAUUAACGAAAAUCCUGCAAGAACCUUUGAUCUUGUACUGCAGGUGGAAUGUCCUACUUCUGAAAAUAAAGAUCCAGCAGUGUUGUGGAAGUUCCCAAAGGACUUUGGAGACCAGGAAGUACUGCAGACUGUGCCAAAGUUCUGCUUCCCUUUUGAUGUUGAAAGGGUAUCGCAGAACCAGGUGGGCCAGCACUUUACCUUUGUGCUUACAGACAUUGACGGCAAACAGAGGUUUGGUUUUUGCCGACUAACAUCCGGAUGCAAGGUCUGCCUCUGUAUUCUCAGUUACCUCCCUUGGUUUGAGAUUUACUAUAAGCUGUUAAAUACUCUGGCAGACAAUUUUACAAAUCAACAGGAAAAUGACUUGAAUGAUAUGCUAAAAUCAUUGUACAGCUACCCGGUGCCAAAGCCAAACACUUCUGUCAAUCUCAGCGUGAAUGAACAGUUGUUCUUUGCCACUGGGCAAGCUCUGAAAGAUCAGCAAAGCCAGCUGCCGCAUUCAUACUUCAUUACUCCCGAUAUCAAUGGACUUCCGACAAUACCUGAAAGUAGAAAUCUGACUGAGUAUUUUGUUGCUGUGGAUGUGAACAACAUGUUGCAGCUUUACGCCAGUAUGAUGCACGAACGACGAAUCAUUAUUACCUCAAGCAAGCUAAGCACUUUAACUGCAUGUGUUCAUGGGUCAACUGCCUUGCUGUAUCCAUUGUUCUGGCAACAUAUUUACAUCCCAGUGCUUCCUCCACAUCUCUUGGACUACUGCUGUGCACCUAUGCCCUAUGUGGUUGGAGUUCACCUAAGUUUAUUGGAGAAAGUAAAAAGCAGGACACUGGAAGAUGUAGUCAUCCUAAAUGUUGACACAAACACAUUGGAAACCCCAUUUGAUGACCUUCAAAACCUGCCCAGUGAUGUGAUGUCCACUCUGAAAAGUAAACUGAAAAAGCAGUCUACAGCGACAGGCAGCGGAGUGGCUACAGCCUUUCUCAGGACUCAGGCGGCCCUGUUCGGAUCCUACAGAGAUGACUUGAGAUACAAGCCAGGGGAGCCAAUCUCCUUUUGUGAAGAUAGUUUUAUAAACCAUCGCUCUAGCACUAUGAGAGCUUUCCUUAAAAUGGCGGUGAAUCUUCAGCUUUUUAAACAGUUCAUUGAUGGCCGACUCGCCAGGAUAAAUGCAGGGAAGGGAUUUUCAGAUGUUUUUGAAGAGGAAAUAACUGAGGGUGGCUUUUGUGGAGCAAAUUCAAGGUCGUAUCAACAGUGGAUGCAACCAGUAAAGAAAGGUGGUGCAAUGAUUAACACAGCCGUUACCAAAGCAAGCCCUGCUGUGAAAACUGCAUACAAAUUUGCUAAAAGUCAUGCCAAGCAAGGACUAAAAGAAAUGAAGAUUAUGUUAAAGCAAAAGGAGACCGAUGAAGAAGAUGGACAAGUCAGUAUGGGCUCUCCCACUAGUACUAAGAGCCUGUCGCCUAAGAGAAAGCAAGGGCAAAGACAGAGAAAAUUCCAUCGGCCAAACACAAGUAUGGGUUGUGCAGAUUUUGUAUUGGAUGAUGAUGAGAUGGAUACAGCCAGCAAGUUGUCCUCUGAGGAUAGCGGUGAAGUUUCUGCAUGUAUUGAAGACAGUGAUGAUUCUUGCGAAAUGGAUUCAGAUAAACAGUAUACUGGCAAAAUGGACCUGCUAGGAGAGAUUUUAGACACCCUAAGCAUAAACAGCUCGGACCAGAGCAAGCUCUCAGGAGCCAAGAGCUUAGAUUUCUUGAGAUCAAUGGAUGACAUUGAUUAUAAGGCUGUGAACAAGUCCAACACACCCAGUGAGAUUAGCCUACCCCAGCUGUGCAUGGGUGGCAGUGAACACACAGGAUGGAAUCUUGGGCAGGAUGACAGUAUGCUUCACGGGAAGCACCUUCCACCAUCCCCAAGGAGACAGAACUGUGGGGGCCCUGGAGAUGCAUUGUAUGUAGUCACAGAAGAACAUAGUCCAAUUCCUCAUGGUCUUCAUAAAAAAGACUUCUCUAAAAUCACAGUGAACUCUGCACCCCCAGUAGGUUCUCAGAACGCUCCAGCUCAAGCAGACCGCUCCAGUGUUGUCCAAAGAGACAAACUACCCAAACAAACACUAAAAUGCAGCCCAGAGAGUACCUUUCAAGAGCAAAACCCCAAAAAGAAAGGACAUCAGCCAUCCGUUCUAGUUCCAUGGGAAAAGGAAGACAUUGAGGAAGAUCUGAAAACGGAAACAGAAGAGAAGGGCCUUCUGGAAGAGAUUGAGUCCAUAUAUUGUAUAAGCUCUGCUUUUAAUGCUGGUCUAAACAUUUCAGAUCCCGGGGAGAAAGCUUAGUUACAGCAUACACAAUGGAAAUUUUACAUUUGUUUCCUAUCUCCAGAAACCUCACAGCACAGGCAACUUAGUUACCCUGUUUAUUUUUCUUUCUCAUUACAUUUUUAAUUUUUCCUUUUUUUUUUUUUCUUUCUCCCCUCUGGAUGAAGCAGUUACAUAGUUUUCAAACACAUACUAUGAUGUUGGUUUACAGCUAUGACUAAAUGUUUUGCAUCGCCCUGCUGAAUAAUGCUACUUUAACAUAUUGAAUUACAUACCGCUUUGUAGUUUUCCAUAUACAUAACGAAAAACACUAUUUUAAUCACAAAUUGAAAAAUGUGACAUUUCAAAAUCUAACAUAAUACUGUAUUAUUAUUAUGGCUUCCGGUAGACUUUCACAAUAUAAUUUUGUAGUUCCUUUGAUUACACGAUGUUAAAUAAAAGAUCAGAAUUAUGUUCAUAUAGUUUUAUUUUUAUUUGUAUUAUGUCUCAAUCCUAAAAUAGGGGAUGCAAAACUUUCUGCCAUAGCUGUAGAUACGAAGGAUUUUCUUAAGAAUCUGUGAUACAGCAGUUGGGACCUUGACUCGCUUAGAAUUGGAAACCUGAUACCAGUUAGAAUGCAAAUAUCUACUGAAAUUAAGCUUCUCAAUGCAAUCGAAAGGGAUAAAUGGUUUUCACCAAUUCCUUAGUUAAAUGAUUAGUAUGUUGCUCUGUGAUAAAAGGGAAAUCUGUUUUAACUUAAAUACUGAAUCAUAAAGUAUGUGGGAAAACUAGAAACAUUUUGGUCCUGAAGACAGACAUUUCAAAGUUGUUGUUUUUUGUGUUAAAACAUUGGAAUGUGUCAUUUGGACUAAGACAUUUUAGUUAUAGUCUGUUUCAUAUGUUUGUUUUUUUCAUUUUGCAUUUCAUUAAGAUGAGAAUAGUAAAUUUCAGUUGCUUGUUAACUCAGACAAAGUUUUAAAAGUAUGAAUUUGCACUUUUGAACAAGGGUACUUAAUAAUUUUGGAGCAGUACAGGGAUAUCACUGUGUUUUGAAGGUUACUCUUUAUUGAGGACCUCCUUUUUAAUGGUUAAAAAAUAACUGAAUAUUUACAGUAGUUUUAUAAAUUUUAUAGGAUACAAUAUAAGAUUAUGCCUUAAAUAAAAUCACGAGCCACCGAAUAAUAUUACUGCAGUGUUAUUAAUAUUCAUUUUUUGUCCAGGCCUCUUCUAUUGAUAUACAAAAAAAACCAAAAAAAAACAAAAACGUUAUUGUUGCUAGACGUAUUUAAAUCCAUCUUUGUAUGCACAUAUCAUAGGAAGGGUUCCAUUUAAACUGGGAACUGAUACAGUAACAAAGUAUAGUAUUUCACCACAGUGUUUCUCAGGUCUUCGUUAUCAAUACUGCAGUUUGUAAGAUGGGCGAGGAUGUACUUUAACAUAAAGAUAUACUUGAUUGUAGAAACAGCUGAAAAAUCAAUGUUUGAACAAUGUCAACUGCAUGAGAGCAAUAUAUCUUAUCCCGAGAAGUUUGCUUGUUGGCAUCUCUUGUCUUUUUCGACUAGACACUUGUGUUUCCUGUGAUAAAAAUGGCCAGCCUUUUAAUAUGCCUUCCUAGGAGUUGUCCAGUAUUAGAAAUAUACAAAUGUGUCUUUGGGGAAGUAAGUGUGGCUGUUGUAAAGGUCUGUUGGGAUAUCUUGCUGCUGAUGUGUUUUACUGCUAAAUAUAUCUCUAUAGUGAAGUAUAUCCAAGAUGUCAAAAGAGCCAAAUAAGAAUUGUAUCAUUUGUUGUGGCAAUACAUGUCUAGCACCUUUUUAAAUAUAAUAUACUCUCCUAUGGAGAUAAUGCGAUCUAAUCAUAACUAUACAAAGUUGCAGAAGAUAAAGCGAUAUAUACAGUAGUAUAUGCUGUUCAAUUUGUGUGGAAGAAUGUUGUGUUUCCCAGGAUUGUUAUACAAUUAUUAGUACACUUUUACUGUAAUUUCCACUGCACCCCCCCCCCCCCCCCCCCUAUCAAAUUACUAUAUUGUUAGUGUAGCAGCAUAUUCUGUUAUUACUGUAGUUUAAAGAUUUUAAUGUUUAAGUGAAUGGUAAUCCUAUAUUCAAUAUGUGAUGAGUUGUGUGUAUAUGAAGUUAUUUUUGCAGUUUAUUUUGAAUUUGACAAGUUAAGACCAAAUCUAACAUUCAUCCUAGUAUAAAUGCAUACAUUUAUUAGACUGCAUAUUAUCAACCUUUAACCCGUGAAACACAUUAUAAUAGUUUUAGAUUUAGAUCAAGAAGUCGGGUGACAGUGGAUCACAUUGGCAUGUUUGUGGAAAGGUCUUAGGAAUCCGUAAUAAAUGAUGCUGCCUAGAAUGUACCUAACUUAGCCAAUAUAGUUCAGGCUUACGAAUUAAAAUAUUGUUUGCAUGUACGGUGCACACAGACAAGCCAAGCCCUAAUGAACUUUGUGGCAAACCCACUGCUGUUUGUAUGACCUCAGCAAUGCCAGUUAUUUGAACACAUUUGUUUUUUUUUUCUGGGGUUAACCAACUCCUCUGAAUUGUAAUCCCAAUCAAAGAGAGGCCUCAUGUACAGAAUAUUACUGGAUGCACAUGCUAGAUGUACUGUAUUAAUCACUUCUGUCUUCUAGUGAGAUAAAAAAAAAUGAUUGACAGCCCUGUAAAUAUGCAAAAUGGCAAACAAGCCAUACACACACACACACACACACACACACACACA